UAUAAAUUACGUUGUCAGAGAUGCCCCAUACUGCCAUGCACAUUUUUUUCAUUUCACUUGAUAACUUCUUAAACAGCGUUUUCUUCCGCCAAAACUAAUAAAAUUUCCACCGCAAUGGGCGGCGUUUCUUGUACACGACAGACUACGCCAGCAGCUGCAGCAUUAGCUGUAGUACUGCUCGUCAUGUGCUCCACCGUCAGUUCGUGUCCGCCGUCGGACAGGGCGGCGCUGCUGGCUUUCAAGGCCGCUCUCCACGAGCAGCUGCGACCAGGAGACCCGCCGCGUCGCCGACAUCAACCUCCGCGGCGAGUCGGAGGAGCCGAUAUUCGAGAGAGCACACCGAACUGGCUACAUGACCGGAUACAUCUCUCCGAAGAUCUGCAAGCUCAAGCGUCUCUCCAGCAUCACCAUCGCCGACUGGAAGGGAAUCUCCGGCGAGAUUCCUCGCUGCAUCACCUCUUUACCGUUCCUCCGCAUCGUCGACCUAAUCGGAAACCAAAUCUCCGGCACAAUCCCCUCCGACAUUGGCAGACUCCACCGCCUCACCGUCCUCAACGUCGCCGACAACGCAAUCUCCGGCUGGAUCCCUCCGUCGCUAACGAACGUCACAAGCCUCAUGCAUCUCGACCUCCGUAACAACAAGAUCUCCGGGCCUAUCCCACGGGCCUUCGGAAACCUUCAAAUGCUUAGCCGGGCCUUACUAAGUGGAAACCAGAUCAGCGGGCCCAUUCCUGAAUCACUCACUCGAAUUUACCGCUUAGCGGAUCUAGAUCUAUCACGAAACCUAAUUUCCGGGCCCAUACCCUCAUCGCUGGGUAAAAUGGCGGUUCUCUCCACAUUAAACUUGGAUAUGAACAGGCUUUCGGGGGCCAUACCCGUGAGCCUGUUUAGUUCUGGAAUAAGUGACUUAAACAUAAGUCGUAACAGCUUAGAUGGUAAAAUCCCAGACGCCUUCGGUGUUAGGUCUUACUUCACCGUUCUUGAUUUGUCUUACAAUAAGCUUAGUGGGCCCAUUCCGAAAUCCAUAACUUCAGCUUCCUAUGUGGGCCACUUGGAUUUAAGUCACAACCAUCUCUGCGGCCCAAUUCCGACGGGCUCACCGUUCGAUCACCUCGAAGCGUCGUCGUUUGUGUUCAACGAUUGCCUCUGCGGAAAGCCCCUCAACAAGCCUUGUUAAUGUUAAUGUUAAUGUUAAUGUUGUGUUGUAACUUGUAUUAUUAGCUCUACCAUAUAAUUAAAUUAAAACAACUCUCACCCUCUCAUAAAAGGUACUGUAAUAUUUUAAUUAAUGAUGGUUGCUUUUGUAAUUUUGUAAUAGGAAUUUAAGAAGACAUUACAUGUGUUUAUUAUUAGUUAUUAAUUGUGUACGCUGAAUAAAGUACUAAGCUUAAUUGGAUAUGACCCAUGCACGUUGGUUCUUUA